AAGGCGUCUUCCUCGUACGCCAGUCGUCAGUUGCCCACGACGCGUUACCCGCAGCGGUAGCAGGCGAGCCCUCUCCUGGCAGCCAUAGCCGCCACCUCGUGCGCUCGGUACCUCCGAGCUAGCUUCCAUAACAGAAUCCUCGCCAGCCUGCGCGCAAGCGUCACCGUUUCAACUGCAAUUGAGUGAAGUUUGCAUCUUUUUUUUCGGUGACCUAAACAGACAUGUCGCACGGUGGUGGCCAGUGAUUGCCACGAAUCACCCGGCCUUCCGGGAUGUUCAACUACGAGGAGGCGGACGCAGACCAGGCGGCCAUGGCUGCGGCGGCUGCCUAUCGGGCACUGCUCGACUACUAUGCCAAUGCGCCCAGUGCGGCGGGUCACAUAGUGUCGCUCAACGUGGACCCGUACAAUGGGACUGGAAACGGCGGCAAUGCGACAGACAAGGAGGGCUAUAUGGACAGCGGGCCGAGUGACUUGGCCACCGAAAUGGCCUUCUUCCUGGCCACCAGUUCCAGUGGCAGUUCCAGUUCUAGCCCAAGUGCCGGGUCCGCCUCCACACCCGCUCCCGCCUCCAGCUCCAGCAGCUCCACUGGCAUGCCCGUCUGGCUGAUACCCAGCUACAGCAUGAUCCUGCUGUUCGCCGUGCUGGGCAACCUGCUGGUCAUCUCGACGCUGGUGCAGAACCGCCGGAUGCGGACCAUAACCAACGUGUUCCUGCUCAACCUGGCCAUCUCGGACAUGCUGCUGGGCGUGCUCUGCAUGCCCGUCACCCUGGUGGGCACCCUGCUGCGCAACUUCAUCUUCGGCGAGUUCCUCUGCAAGCUCUUCCAGUUCUCCCAAGCCGCCUCCGUGGCCGUUUCGUCCUGGACCCUGGUGGCCAUAUCCUGCGAACGCUACUACGCCAUAUGCCAUCCGCUGCGCUCGCGAUCCUGGCAGACAAUCAGCCACGCCUACAAGAUCAUCGGCUUCAUCUGGCUGGGCGGCAUCCUCUGCAUGACGCCCAUAGCGGUCUUUAGUCAAUUGAUACCCACCAGUCGCCCGGGCUACUGCAAGUGCCGCGAGUUUUGGCCCGACCAGGGAUACGAGCUCUUCUACAACAUCCUGCUGGACUUCCUGCUGCUCGUCCUGCCGCUUGUGGUGCUCUGCGUCGCCUACAUCCUCAUUACGCGCACCCUCUACGUGGGCAUGGCCAAGGACAGCGGCCGCAUCCUGCAGCAAUCGCUGCCUGUUUCCGCUGCCACAGCCGGCGGAAGUGCAUCGAAUCCGGGCACCAGCAGCAGCAGCAACUGCAUCCUGGUCCUGACCGCCACCGCCGUCUACAAUGGUUGGUAUCUGCAAGAAAAUAGUAACAACAAUAAUGGCAAUUCAGAGGGAUCCGCAGGCGGCGGAUCCACCAAUAUGGCAACGACCACCUUGACAACGAGACCAGCGGCUCCAACUGUGAUCACCACCACGACGACGACGACGACGGCGACGACGGUGACCACGCUGGCCAAGAGCUCCUCGCCCAGCAUUCGCGUCCACGAUGCGGCGCUUCGCAGGUCCAACGAAGCCAAGACGCUGGAGAGCAAGAAGCGCGUGGUCAAGAUGCUGUUCGUCCUGGUGCUGGAGUUCUUCAUCUGCUGGACGCCGCUGUACGUGAUCAACACGAUGGUCAUGCUGAUUGGACCGGUGGUGUACGAGUACGUGGACUACACGGCCAUCAGUUUCCUCCAGCUGCUGGCCUACUCCUCCAGCUGCUGCAACCCGAUCACCUACUGCUUCAUGAACGCCAGCUUCCGGCGCGCCUUCGUGGACACCUUCAAGGGGCUGCCCUGGCGCCGUGGAGCAGGUGCCGCUGGAGCUGGUGGUCUCUCCGCCAGCCAGGCGGGUGCCGGAGCGGGCGCCUAUGCCAGUGCCAACACCAACACCAACAUCAGUCUCAAUCCCGGCCUAGCCAUGGGUAUGGGCACCUGGCGGAGUCGCUCGCGCCACGAGUUCAUCAAUGCGGUGGUGACCAGCAACAGUGCCACCGCCGCCGCCGCCGCCGCCGCCGCCGCCGUCACCGCCAACAGUCCUCGGCUCUAAGCUGUAGAGGAUUGGCCCCCAAGGACCCAUUCAUAGUUCGCCCGGAA